UCGAUUCACGUGAUCGCGCCUGGGGAGAAAACGCCUGACCCCAGACCCUGGCCUUUACCGCGCAGUGUUUUCUUCCUGCGAGUCGUUGGCCUCAGGUGUUCCGGUCACCUGCGAGUUCCCUGACCCCUUCCCGGGCCCCCCGGCGCCCUGUCCGCCAUGCGGCUCCUGCCUCUAGCCCCAGGUGGGCCCCGGCGGGGCAGUCCCCGCUGCUUGCCCUCCUGCAGGGGCUGCCAGCCAGCGCUGGUACUGCUGUUGCUGGGCAGCUACUUGGGGGUCUCCGUGGUGGCGGCCGGCACGCGGAGGCCCAAUGUGGUGCUGCUGCUCACGGACGACCAGGACGAAGUGCUCGGCGGCAUGACACCACUAAAGAAAACCAAGGCCCUCAUUGGAGAGAUGGGGAUGACUUUCUCCAGCGCUUAUGUGCCAAGUGCUCUUUGCUGCCCCAGCCGAGCCAGUAUCCUGACAGGGAAGUAUCCACAUAAUCAUCAUGUUGUUAACAACACUUUAGAAGGAAACUGCAGUAGUAAAUCAUGGCAGAAGAUCCAAGAACCAAAUACUUUCCCAGCAAUUCUCAGAUCAAUGUGUGGUUAUCAAACCUUCUUUGCAGGAAAAUACCUAAAUGAGUAUGGAGCCCCAGAUGCAGGAGGACUAGAACAUGUUCCUGUGGGCUGGAGUUACUGGUAUGCCUUGGAAAAGAAUUCUAAAUACUAUAAUUAUACCCUCUCUAUCAAUGGGAAGGCACGGAAGCAUGGUGAAAACUACAGUGUGGACUAUCUAACGGAUGUUUUGGCUAAUGUCUCCUUGGACUUCCUGGACUACAAGUCCAACUCCGAGCCAUUCUUCAUGAUGAUCUCCACUCCAGCACCUCAUUCACCUUGGACAGCUGCACCUCAGUACCAGAAGAGCUUCCAGAAUGUCUUUGCACCAAGAAACAAGAACUUCAACAUCCAUGGAAUGAACAAGCACUGGUUAAUUAGGCAAGCCAAGACUCCAAUGACUAAUUCUUCAAUACAGUUUUUAGAUAAUGCAUUUAGAGGAAGGUGGCAGACUCUGCUCUCAGUUGAUGACCUUGUGGAGAAACUGGUAAAGAGAUUGGAGUUCAAUGGGGAUCUCAAUAACACUUACAUCUUUUACACAUCAGACAAUGGCUAUCACACAGGGCAGUUUUCAUUGCCAAUAGACAAAAGACAGCUGUAUGAGUUUGAUAUCAAAGUUCCACUAUUGGUUCGAGGGCCUGGGAUCAAAGCAAAUCAGACAAGCAAGAUGCUCGUUGCCAACAUUGACUUGGGUCCUACUAUUUUGGACAUCGCAGGCUAUAACCUGAAUAAGACACAGAUGGAUGGGAUGUCUUUAUUGCCCAUUUUGAGAGGUGCCAGUAAUCUGACCUGGAGAUCAGAUAUUCUGGUGGAAUACCAGGGAGAGGGCCAAAAUGUCACCGACCCAACAUGUCCUUCCGUGGGUCCUGGAGUAUCUCAAUGUUUCCCAGACUGUGUAUGUGAAGAUUCUUAUAACAACACAUAUGCUUGUGUGAGGACAAUGUCAGCAUUGAGGGAUUUACAGUAUUGUGAGUUUGAUGACCAGGAGGUGUUCGUAGAAGUCUAUAAUCUGACUGCAGACCCAGACCAAAUCACUAACAUUGCUAAAAGUACAGACCCAGAGCUUUUAGGAAAGAUGAACUAUCGGUUGAUGAUGUUACAGUCCUGUUCUGGACCAACGUGUCGCACUCCAGGGGUUUUUGACCCUGGAUACAGAUUUGACCCCCGUCUCAUGUUCAGCAAUCAUGGCAGUGUCAGGACACGAAGGUUUUCAAAGCAUCCUCUGUAGCAGCCUUUCCAGCCUCUGCAGAUGGAUCCCUGCAUGCCUCUUCCUGAUGAAGUGAUUGUAGUAGGUGUCUGUAGCUAGUUUCCAAGACCACACAUGGAAGAGUUUCUGGACUGGCUUGUUUUAAGUCCUGUUUGAAGAAGCAACCCAAACAACUGACUUCCUCAUGCAGUGUGUUAAACUGUGAACUUUGUCUGAGUGUGGGGAGUGGCUGUCCCUGGACCAUUCAUUCGGCUGACAGUGAAUACUCCUGAGGUCUUUGUUCUCACCAUACCUUUUCUGUCCUGGGGCCACAGUUCUUGAUUAUGCCCUGUGUGGUCAAAGUGUGAAUUUGUAACUUUCUUCAGACCAAUGGCAAUUCUUAGGGGCAAAAAAAAACUUUUUUUGGUAUACAGUUCAACUUAAAAGCAAAGGACCUGCAUAGCGUUUCAGAUUGAGCGUUUCACUAUGAAAAUACAAAAAGAACCAUCAAAGCUGAGUCAUCUGAUUAAGAACAAGUACCAUUGUUUUUAGGUUAGUGAAAAUAUAUUAUUUUUAAUAUCCAUUACAGUGUGGUAAGUUGCAAAUUCAAAACAUGUCAACCAAGCUCUGUUCAUUUUUUGAAUUCUGGACUGGUGCUACACUGAAAGACAGCAGUAAGCUUUUGGUAAAGAUUACUUCCAGGUAGCUCUUGAUGGUGAUUGCUAUCUACUUUCCGGUGGCUACUAACCACGUGGAGUGCCAGUUAACCCCAGGAGUAGAGUAUUGAGGGAAUGUUUCUUCCCUUGAUAGUUUACCCUUUAAGAUAUGAAAAAUAAAGUGGUUUAGGUACAUCAGUAGGGAAAAAAAUGCCAAGGUUUGAAGAAGGUUGUAUUUUCCAGGAGCUUUCUGUAGAAAGGGCUCCUAGGUUGGCAGUUGAAGGGCUGUACUGGGGAUGGAGUAAGUGUCUGCCAGCUGGCUUUCGUCCCCAUCUUUCCAUAUUUUGCUGUCAUUCUACUCAUUUUUUAAAAGAUAUAAAAUUUCUCACAGUUGAUGCAAAAGUACCAAAGCUACUUUACCCCACCUUCUUCUCCUCUUUCAAAUAAGUUCUUCCUGAAGCUUUAGAGUCUUACGUAAUUUGGGCCCUGUUCAGUAUUCCCUGUCGAAAUCAGAUCUGUUUAAGUUCCCUCACUGUCUAGAAGUUUUUGUUUCAUGGCUCAAAGACCAAUUCCAUUUCUGCUGUUUGUUCUUCACCAGAAGGUUAGUUGGUGGUAGGGAAGCAGGAGAAGAGGAAGAUCUGUGAUUAUAACCAGUUCAGCUCAGGCAGUAAGUGAUUUUGCUUUAUUUAAGGUCUUUGGUGAGCUUUAAGCACUUUGUUUAUAAGUCCUGGCCAUAAAUAACAUUUCUACCAGAAUUCCAGAUAGCCAUGUUGGGUUAAUAGCCAUUGGGUUUAUUCCUUUACCUCACGUGAUCCUAGAAACUGGUGAUAUCUAAAGGUGAAAUAGGUAAGCAAAAUGAACACCUCUGCUAUGAAUGUUUUAGGUAAAAAAAAUUCUUAAAAUUUUGUAACAGCAAACUACAGUGUUGAAUUUGAUUAUCAGCUUUAUUCUCCACUUUGAUUCUUAACACUUCCACAUUAAUGAAAGUUGCCCACAGUUAUUCUCAAAUAAAAAGAAACCAAAUCUUACCAGGUUUUGGACUAUGAUGUCAUAUUAUUAGUUUUAUGAUGCUGGUUCCUAAAAGCAGGUCAGCUGCUGAUAGUCUCUCUGCCACACUGCUCUUACAUUCAGCUGACUUCUUUUUGGGGUGGUGGGGAUGUAGUGUGACACUCCUUGAGAACCUCUUCUGUUAUUGGUACAUUUCCUAUGUAACCUUCAAAUAGCCUUCAUGACUUUUUCUUUUGAACUGACUUCAUUCUGGAACUGUGCUAAAAGAGUCUUUGACAGAGAGACCUCAGCUUAUAGCCUGAAAGACUACAAAAUGCACUGAAUUUUUCAGAAUGUGUGUGUGCAAGUGACCCAUUGUAAGAAGCUUGCCUUGUUUCCCUCAUAAUUGUACUGAAUUGGAUUUUGACUGUGUUCCCAUUUAUGAAAGCCAGGUUUGUCUGUUGGUGCCCUUCAGAGUAAAGAAUCAUACAACCUUUGAAAUGAACAGAGGCCUUAAGAAUGAAUAGAAGUUUGGCCUAUGACAUUCCUUACUAAAAAGCUCUCCCUCAAACACAAUCACAAGGUAAGGAGCAACCUUUUGAACAUCUUUGAAUUUGGCAAAUGAUGGUGUUACAUAUAUGUUUUAAUUGACAACAGUAGGGUUUUGUACAAAAUAAUAAUGAUAGCCAUGAAACUUACAUCUUAAUCUGUAAGAAAUGUUCUUAAAUUUAUCUAUGUCUAAAUUAAGGAUUGGUGCUUUUUAAUGAAAGGAGAAAAGUUGUCCCAGAAUUCAUGCUAAGAGAAACGAUAUAUUUCAACUGAUCCAUCAGUGGACUCAGAAGGGUAUGUUUAAGUUCUUUCAUUUCACCACCACUUAGGCCUCACUGAAUUUUGUAAAUUACUAUGUUUGCGUCAUUUGUUCCUAGAAGUUAUUCUUUCCUGGCUCUGUGUCAUCUCAGUCAUUUGACUUAGAAAAGUGCCCUUCUAAGGACCCUGUUCACUGCUGCACUUUUGAAUGAAUUAAAAUUUAUUUCUCUGUCUGG